UGCAUCGGAAGGUUUAGCCUACUAGCGGUCUUGGAUUUCUGGGUCUUCCUAAAGUGUUAAUGCAAAUGAAUUUUCAAGUUAAUUUUUCAAGCAUAUCUGCCAAUCUCAACUCCAUCCCUGUCCUAAAUGGUACUAACUUUAAGGAAUGGAAAGAAAAUAUUCUAAUAACUUUGGGCUGCAUGGAUCUUGACUUAGCAUUAAGGGUAGAGCAACCUGCUUCUCUUACGGAUGGUAGUACCCAAGAUGAAAAAAGGUACUAUGAGAAGUGGGAUCGCUCGAAUCGCUUAAGUCUUAUGAUCAUAAAGCGUGGCAUUCCAAAAUCUUUUAGGGGUGCAGUAUCCGAUGAGGUUACUAAUGCCAAGGAUUUCCUUACUGAAAUUGAGAAACGUUUUGUUAAAAGCGAUAAAGCGGAAAUAAGCAUGUUGUUAAAAGACUUUACUUCCAAAAGGUAUUCAGGAAAAGGAAAUAUAAGGGAGUAUAUUAUGGAAAUGUCUUAUAUUGUUUCUAGGCUCAAGACACUUAAGAUUGAGAUAUCGGAAGAUGUUCUCGUACACAUAGUCUUGAACUCUCUUCCUAUUGCAUUUGAUCCUUUUAAGGUUAGUUAUAACUGCCAAAAGGAGAAGUGGUCUCUUAAUGAGCUCAUUUCAUAUUGUGCAAGAGGAAGAGAGGAUGAAACAAAAUAAGACAGAAAGUGCUCACUUGGCUAGUACCUCUAAGGAUAAGGGUAAAAAGAGGAAGAAAACUCUCAUUAAGAAUGAAGCUGCUAAGGGUCCAGUACAAAUGAAACAUAAGGAAGGUGAAACAACCUGUUUCUUCUGUAAGAAGUCUGGACACAUGAAGAAGGAUUGUACCAAGUAUCACGCAUGGAAAGUGAAGAAAGGGUUGUCUGAGCCACCGCAAGCCAAAUGAUGCUGAAAGAUGCGUCUAUGUGGGAGAUGGCAAAGCGGUACAUGUGGAGGCUAUUGGGCAUUUUAGAUUGUUAUUAUCUACCGGUUUCUAUUUGGAUUUAAAAGACACUUUUAUUGUUCCGUCAUUUAGGCGGAAUUUGGUUUCUGUUUCUUAUUUGGACAAAUUAGGUUAUCAUUGUUCCUUUGGAAACUUCCGGUUUAAUUUGUCUUUGAAUUCAAAUAUUGUGGGGACUCGUUCUUUU